GUUGUGUCAGCUGUUUGUUUUUCGUUUUAUUCCCCCAAAAAGAACCCGUCUUAUUGAAAGAUAUUAUAAAGUAAUAACAAAAAUGCCUUUAAUAAUUAUUUGCGGGACCCCUGUAAGUGGCAAAACCUCUAGAGCACAUGAAUUAAAAGAAUAUUUCGAGAGAACGCACGGUAAACGUGUCGAAAUCGUGUCAGAAGAUGAAGCCAUUGCGAGGUUAGGUUAUGACAAAAACAAUACGUAUUUAGAUUCGCGGAUGGAGAAAAGGGUCAGAGAAUAUUUAAAGUCGGAGGUGGUUAAGCUCAUAGGGAAGGAAAAUGUAGUAAUUUUGGAUGGUAGCAACUAUAUAAAAGGGUACCGUUACGAACUGUACUGCGCUUCUAAAGCAUGCAAAUCGACACAGUGCACCAUUUACACAAUAUGUAAUCAUGAAGAAGCAUGGAAAUCAAACCAGCUUCGACAAAGUCAAGUGAAUACAUCUCUAAUGACAGAUGGGGCUAAAACACCUUACACCGAAGAAGUAUUUAAUGCUUUGACUAGGCUACGAUUUGAGGAACCAAAUAGCUCCAAUAGGUGGGACAGUCCACUCUUCACGGUCCAGCCGACCGACAGCAUAGAUCUAGAUGCGAUAUACAGAGUACUGUAUGAGAAAAAACCACCUCCACCUAACAUGAGCACACAGAAUCCCCCUCUCACAUCAACCAAUUUCUUAUACGAGCUCGACAAAGUUACGCAGGCAGUGACCAAGCAAAUUCUAGAAGCGAAACAGUUGAACAUAAGUGGUGAAGUGAAGUUCCCCGACUACCCAGGCUGUGUUCUGGAGACUGGCUACAUAGAAUCAGUAACACCUCAAAAACUCUUGAAGUUACGGAGGCAGUUUUUGACGUACGCCAAAAUGAAUCAUUCGAAUGAAGACACUGGUAAAAUCGGCAGAUAUUUCGUACAGUAUUUGAAUAAAACAUUAUUGGAUUGAUAACACAAUAAAUUGUUUGUUUGGUAUUUUUAUUACGGCCGAGAAGCUUAGACGUCGCUUAUUACACAC